AUGCACACAUCAAUCGCGUCAAACCGUGCAGAGCAGCUCUCCCUGCGGACCACAGACCUCAAUCCCUAUCCAACCAAACCACGGGUGACUUUCCGUGCGGAUGGCACCUUCAAACUAACCGUCUUCUCGGACCUGCACUACGGCGAGAACCCAUGGGACGCAUGGGGCCCCCAGCAGGAUGUGAACAGCACAGUGCUGAUGAAGCUCGUGUUGGCGAGCGAGCAGCCGGAUUAUGUAGUGCUGAACGGAGACUUGAUUACAGGAGAGAAUACGUUCCGCGAGAACUCUACUCACCUCAUCGACGAGAUCGUCGCUCCUCUCAACGCCGUGAAAAUCCCUUUCUCCUCGACGCACGGCAACCACGAUAACGAACCCAAUAUCACGCACUACGAAGAGAUCAUCCGCGAGCAGGAAGUCGCGCCACUGAGCUACACGCGCCUUGCACCUCCGGGGGUCGGCGGGUACGGUGGGCCAGGUAACUACUGGGUCCCGGUGUAUGAGAAGGCGUCGGAUAGUGCACCCAUACUGGUGCUCUGGUUCUUCGACUCGCGCGGCGGUUUCUCCCCCGGUGCGAACUCGACGGCGAUGCCAGACUGGGUCGACGCGAGCGUCGCGACGUGGAUCAAGAGCGAGACGGCCGCGAUGACCGCAGCAUGGGGCCCCGCCUCAGCGCGGGGGGCGCUCGCAUUCGUUCACAUUCCGCCUCACGUCAUCCAGCCGCUUCAGGCAGGGCUGAACAGCACCCGGGACCCAGGGCUCAACGCUGACCUCCUCGGCCAGGGAUCCACGCAGGCGACUACUGACCCCGCGAAUAAUGGCAAAGACGAUGAUUUCUGGGCCACGCUAAAUGCGGAGGUGGAGAACCUGCACGCGGUGAUAUCCGGGCACGAUCACGGGAAUGAAUGGUGCAUCCGCGAGCCGACCAAGGAUGUCAUUUUCUGCUUUGACAAGCAUUCCGGGUAUGGCGGGUACAGCAGUGCGGGCUGGGGCCAUGGCGUGCGGAAUAUCGUCUUCAGCUCGCCUGACCCGAAGCAAGGCUUGCAGACGUGGAUCCGGCUGGAGGAUGGGACAACACGAGCACAGGUGACAUUGGAUGGGAGAUAUAUGCGGCGGUGAUGCUGGUGGAUUGGAAAUGGGGCAUGGGUGUUGUGCAAUGUAAAUAUGGCUAUAUACCACAG